CGACAUGUCCUUCCGAAAAGUGGUUCGGCAAAGCAAAUUCCGGCAUGUGUUCGGACAGCCGGUCAAGAAUGACCAAUGCUAUGAGGACAUUCGAGUGUCCCAUGGCACCUGGGACAGCACCUUCGGCACAGUCAACCCCAAGUUUCUGGCGGUGAUUGUGGAGGCCAGUGGUGGGGGUGCCUUCCUGGUGCUCCCCCUAAACAAGACGGGCCACAUUGACAAGGCCUACCUGAUGGUGUGUGGACACAGGGGACCUGUCCUGGACAUCGACUGGUCUCCCCACACUGAUGACGUCAUUGCCAGUGGCUCAGAGGACUGCACUGUCAUGGUGUGGCAGAUCCCAGAGAGAAUAGUCUCCCCGCUGACGGAGCCAGUGGUGGUGUUGGAGGGGCACACCAAGCGAGUGGUCAUUGUUACCUGGCACCCAACGGCCCACAAUGUGCUGUUCAGCGCAGGCUGUGACAAUGUGGUGCUCAUCUGGGAUGUGGGUACGGCAGAGGAGCUGUACCACCUGGACAGCCUGCACCCUGACCUCAUCUACAAUGUCAGUUGGAACCGCAACGGCAGCCUCUUCUACUCGGUCAAGGACAAGAGCGUGAGCAUCAUUGACCCCCACCAGGGCACCUUGGUGGCAGAGCGCGAAAAGGCUCACGAGGGGGCCUGGCCCAUGGGGGCCAUCUUUCUGGCAGAUGGCAAGGUGUUUACCACAGGCAUCAGCCGCAUGAGUGAGCGGCAGCUGGCUCUCUGGGACCCGGAAAACCUCAAAGAACCCAUGGCCCUGCAGGAGCUGGAUUCAAGCAAUGGGGCCCUGCUGCCCUUUUAUGACCCUGACACCGGUGUGGUCUACGUCUGUGGCAAGGGCGACUCCAGCAUCCAGUACUUUGAAAUCACACACGAGCUCCUCUACAUUUACUUCCUGAACACGUUCACUAGCAAAGAGCCCCAGAAGGGCAUGGGCAGCAUGCCCAAGAGGGGCCUGGAGGUCAGCAAGUGUGAGAUCGCCCAGUUCUACAAACUGCAUGAGCGCAAGUGUGAGCCCAUUGUCAUGACUAUGCCAAGAAAGUCGGACCUCUUCCAGGAUCAUCUGUACCCCGACACAGCAGGGCCUGAGGCGGCCCUGGAGGCAGAGGAGUGGGUGAGCGGGCAGGACGCUGACCCCAUCCUCAUCUCCCUGUGGGAGGCCUAUGUGCCCAGCAAACAGAAGGACCUGAAGGUCAGCCAGCGCAACGUGUUAUCUGACAACUGGCCUGCAGCCUCUGGCUUCACUCACCCUGGGGCCUCCACACCUGCUGCUUCCAUCAGUACAGCUGCCCUCGGCAGCAGCCUGGCUGGAGCUGGGGAGGCUGGGAAGCUGGAGGAGGUGAUGCAAGAGGUGUGGGCACUAAGAGUGUUGGUCAAGGAGCAAGGGGAGCGAAUUGGCUGCCUGGAGGAGCAGCUGGGCCACAUGGAAAAUGGGGACGCCUAG